CAUCAUUGUGUCCAACGUGAACAAUCGCGUUUGGCGCAUCCGGUUCCAACGUUCCGCGGAUGAGUUGGCUCCAUUGGCUGGUGGAGGGGCCAGAGGAUGAAGAGGCUGCAUAUGUUGCUCAACUCGGGAAUAAAAGGCGGCCGGGUCGGCCAGUGAGAACGAGUAACCCUUCCAUUCCCAGUCCGCCAUCGCCCCAGUACGAAGCCAGUCCGACAUUGGCGCGGUCCUUGCAGGUGGCUACUUUGCCCGGUCGUCCACAAGCGGAAAGAGUUUUCGUUCGUGUCUAUGAUUUGGGAAAAACCUUCUUAACACGGUGGCCAAAUAUGGUGGCAAAAGAUUAUGGAGCUUUCCAUUCUGGAGUGGAAGUCUAUGGCAUGGAGUGGUCAUUUGGCAUGACAUCAGAUAGCUGGUCUACUGGAGUUGCGGCAAAUGUGCCUGGUCAUCAUCCGGAUCAUUCGUUCAGAGAGACCUUGUCGAUGGGCUUUACCAAUCUCUCCCAGGGACAGGUGGCUGAGAUCAUCAAAGAAAUGACGGCAGAAUGGAAAGGUCGCACCUAUGAUGUACUUACCCGCAAUUGCCAUCAUUUUUCAGAUGAGCUUUGCCGCAGACUCGGUGUGUCACCAUUGCCGCCAUGGGUCAACCAGCUAGCAGGAACUACUGCAUCAGCAGCUGGUGUGAUUGAAGGCGUGUCAGCAAGCACAGGCAAAGUGGCAUCAGAUGUGGCCUGGCUGCUUGGCAGCGCAGCUGGAGGAAUGUACAGUUUGGUAGCUCCUGGUCCUGCCCGGGCAGAGGAGCCCAGCGAGACGUGGGAGAGGAGAACCAGAACAGUUGUUGACCUUGGCGACUUCGAGUUGGUGAGGUCGGUCGAUCAUAAAUGAGUGAAGAAAAGGCAGCUGCAGAAUUGGCAGCCAAUGUGUUGCGCCGGACUGCAUUUAGAUUUUACCCAAGACCGUUGAUUGUUAUCCUGAUUGAGAGAGUCAAUUGGCUCCUUGCUUUGAAUUCGUGCUUGAGAAGCAUGUGCUGACUUUAGGAUCUUGCCCACUCGCGGCCUCGUCUUCUGGC